UCUGGUGAGGGAAAGGAAGGCGGAGAGAGAGAGAGAGAGAGAGCAGUGUAGGGACAUCGUGACUGACCACCGGAGAGAGAGAAGAAGAAGAGGCUGCCAAGGUCGACGACGGAGAAGAAGAAGAGGCGAUGGCGUCCGGGUGGGGCAUCAACGGGAACAAGGGGCGGUGCUACGACUUCUGGCUGGACUUCAGCUCGUGCAUGAGCCGCUGCCGCCAGCCCUCCGAUUGCGGCCUCCUCCGCGAGGACUACCUCGAGUGCCUCCACCACUCCAAGGAGUUCCAGCGCAGGAACAGGAUCUACAAGGAGGAGCAACGUCAGAUAAGAGCUGCUGCUCGCAAGGCCAAGGAGGAAGCCGAAGGAGCUCCUGCUGUUGCAGCUCACCACUAGCAUCCGUUUUUAUUUGCUGCAAGUGCUUCCAUGUUCGGCUAUGAGCAAGGCAAUAAUUUCCUAAACAUUCUACCCUCCCACUCCAUGACUUGUUCUAAAAUCAUGAGUUCGAUAAACAACCUUGGUCAACAAGUUUGUGCAUGUUUGAGAUAUUAAGCGAUAAUAAACGCUUGAUUCAACCAUGAAACAUGAUGUUUGUGCAUGUUUGCAUACCUUGUAGCAAUUUCAUGGCAUUAUUCUGCGUGAGAAAGAGCAACACGAUGGUUCAAUACAACAGUAAUUUCAUGGCA